UAUUCACAUUCAAUAAUAAUUCAACCCCAUUUCAUUUUAGAGAGAGAAAGAAGAAAGUUGAAAAGUAUUUUAAACUCUUCUAUAAUUCCUUUCGUAGUAGUGAUAGAUUCAGAUGAAAUAAUGGAUCUUGACGAGUGGGAGCUCCUCCCUGAUUAUACUUUCCUAGAAAUCCAUGAUGUUCGCGGCGCCGGCGCCGGCGUCUCCUCCGAUCCAUCAGACGAUUUCAAGGCCGAUUACUUCUCCUGUCCGUCACCCAAUUCCCACAAACAGGUAAUUCAUCUCGACCCUUCUUCUUCUCCUUCUUAUUCAGCGAAAGAUAUCGUCUUUGAUCAGAAAGUUGAAGCUCCCAAGUUCGAAGUGGAAACCGAACAUGAUGAUGAUAUAGUUUCCCAAGUUUCCUUCAACAAGGAAAAUGAAUUUGUCGACAUGAAAAUAGACUCACCCAAGUCCAGAAGCCGGUCACCGUUACCACAGAUUGAUCUGGGUUCCUUCCAAUUUGAGAUGAAAAACGAGGUAGUAGAAGUCACCGACGAUGAUCAUGAUCAUGAUCAUGAUCAUGACAAGGCAAAAGAUAACAUAUGGAAAAGGAGCUUAAAUGGGAUCGGAGCGAUUUGCUCGUUUGGAGUUGCUGCUGCAACCUUCUGCUUCAUAGUCCUUGGCACUCAACAGAAGAACAAAAAAGAUAUCCGAUUUCAGAUCUAUGCCGAUGACAAGAGGAUUAAGCAAGUGAUGACUCAACAUGCUGCUAAAAUGAAUGGAGCAAUCUCAGCUAUGAGAGGUGUCUCUGUUCCUUUAGCCAGAGCCCAUAUCACUGUUGGUGGUUACUAUGAUGGUCUUUAAAAAUGGUGCCUUUACCCUUCUUCAUCUCUUGUAAAUAAAUAUUAUCAUAUAUAUGUUCUUCUUUAUGCUCAGUUUCUGUAAAAUUACUGUAUCUUGUCUGGCUUGGCUUGGCUUGGCUUUGCUUUGUUCUGGAUGAUUCUCUCUGCUUUUGUGUUUGUAAAGUAAGCCCCUUUGUUUAUACCAGAAGCUUGAAAAAUAAUAUAUUAAUUUGGGAAUUUUAUAUGCUAAAA